AUAUUCAAUGGUGUUAUUUGGCUCUGAUAGAAAUAUCUGCACGGAUGGCAACCAACAAUGCGCCGAGAACAAGUAACCGAUUCACGACUGCAAUCUUUCCCUUAUACAGAUAGGCAAUGCUUUACCUACAAAUAACUUUCGUGAAUCGCGUCAGACUACUAUUACCAAAGUGGAGAGACCUCGUUUGUUGGUAUAAUAGUAAGCCACAGCCAUCCGAACCAAACGAAAGGCUCCCGGUGCCCUCUAUGUGCCAGAUUCCACCGCGUGUCACCUUCCCACGUGGUUACGUGGGGUGGUAGUUGGCGUGCACAAGGCACAUCGUCGCUCGGUCGGGAUCACCUCGCAUUCCGCAGUAUUCCACGAUACGGUAAACGCGUCACACCCGCGACUUCACCUUUCUUGCUGUGUACGCCAGGUGCAGUUGGUAUGUGCCCAUGUGAGAUAUGAAGAAAGGAUUCCCAUCGGAUUCCAAAAGUUUUUUCUAAAGUAAUCGGGUGCUUGUGAAAGUGAUUUAUUUGUGCGUUCCUGGUUGCAGCCAGAAGUGGACCGGUGCAGGAAGGGAUAAAAGGGCAGUCGGUUGGUCUUUUUAGUCGUUUGGAGCAGAACUGCUCAAUUCACUUCCAGUCAUGAGUGGAAACGUGUUGGACGUGCUUUCAAGAAGACAAUUUUCCCGGUGUUCUGGUGUAGUGCAAGUGGUAUGCUAUUUCAAGAAGAGAGGAAGAUGCCUCUAGUCAAUGCAAACAUGUGCGCCGAUUAUUUGUUCUACGUGAGCCGAGCGGAUAUCUUUUCCGUGUAUCCGUCCAUCUUGGAGGAGAUCCUGGUUGUGGAGGAACUUCUCCGGACAAAGAAGGUGUCCCCUUUGGGAUUCACCGUUACGACGGACCAAUUGAGAUUACAGCUGCCCAGUGAAUUCGAGUGGCAACUGAAGCAAUACUUUCGAUUGCUGGAACAGCAGAAGAAAAUUAACGCAGCAACGGAGAGUGGAAUCCAACUCAAAACCUCGCUAGACCUCAAAGAGACCACCUUAUGGGAAUCGAAAGCCAAAUCCGUCGAGGAGGUGUCACCGUUUUCGUCGCCAUCGCCGGGCGGAGAUAUGGCAGCGUACCGCCGCAAACGUCGCCGCUGCUUUCUGGACAAUCCGAUCGACUUUUGCAACAUCGACGAGUACAACCAGUGGCGCCUGGAGGACAUUGCCCGCGCCGGCCGACUGCUGAAAAAGCCACCCCUCGAGGUAUCGUUCGACGAUGAGUUCGAAAUGCGAAAAGUUUUCUCCAUGAUCUACGACGUGUUCCGAUUCAAACUCGUCUUACAACAGGCUCUGAAGAAUAUUCAUUUUUACGAAAACUAUCCUCAGCUUGAGCAUGAAUCAACACGAGUUUGGCUUCUUCUCUACGACAUGUAUCUCAGAAAGUUUGCAAAAAGGGAACCAGAGUUCAUUCCGCUAAAAAACGCACUAUUCGAAGAUGCUGAUUUGCUGGAAAUCGAAUACUGUUUGGAGAGCAAUAGCGUAAAAAUAGCCGCCGCCCUAACCCGAAUUCGCAUUCAGAACAGUGCUUACAGUUUGAUCACACUGCUCCCACCACAUCUCCAGGACGACAAGGUCGCCGUCGUUGUAUCGAAUCCGAUCAUCACCGGGUGGAUCAACACGUUCCGCAUCAAAACCAAACGGCAGGCAAAUGAACGUAUGAGGAAGAUAGGGUUCGAACUGAUCGAAGAACCAACCGUUUCGCAUUCCAGUUUGCUCAAUCUCUACAAUCCCAAAGACAGAAUCUACAUUCCACUCUCGGUGGGGAAAUACAAGUGGGACAAGCUUUGUCCACAAGUCAUUUCUCUGUAUUCGGAAAACCGGACCGAUUUCAUACGAUCUGAGGUUUUCACCCAGCAUGAGAUCAUAAUACAGGAUAGAUCGUUCAUGAUCGGUCCCACAGUUUUCACAAACCUCUUGGAGUUCUACGAGUUGUACGGUGAUGUGGUUCAAACCCACAUCUCCUCUCCCAGAUCUACGGCCUUCCUGGCAUCCCUGUUGAUCAACAGUAAGAGAUGCCGCAACUUCAUCGCCUUUGGGUGUGGCAGUAAACUGAGCAGCUAUCGAUCGUACAUGAAUGCACUUGGUGUUACUAACGUUCGCCUUUACGCUGAAAACUUCGUGGAUGUUCCACAUGGAGCGAACAUGAUCGAUAAGGUGGUGGGGAUCUUCGCGAACCCGCCGAGCUCGUACUCGGCCGUUAGCGAUCCGAUAGAUUUGAUUUGUAGUCGCGGUGGGGAUCUGUCUAUGUUGGAGGUACUCUCCGAGUCGGAAAUGACCGAUGAUAGUAGAAAACGAGUCGCUAAGGUUCUUGAACAGCAACGCGAAACUCUGAAACAUGCUAUGGCCAGACCUCAAGUGCAGUUCAUUCUGUAUCAGACGCACUCGAUCGUGCCUACCGAGAACGAAGUCAUGGUUGAGAAAGUAAUUGAGUACAUCAAUCAAAGGGCAUACGAUGUCCAUUUCCAAGCUGCAAAAGAAAAGGAACAAGCCGCGUUGGCAGAGGCCGCUGGGAAUCAGAUAGUUAACCGACUUAUGAUGGGUCGCCAAGAUACGAUUAAGAAACCGGAAGAGUCCGCGGCUGACAACGAUCUCGAUGCAGAUGGAGAAUCUCGAAAGCCAUCGGAAGAGGAGAUUGAAGUACCUCUGAGCGAUCAGUUCGAAACGGCAGAUCUUCCGGAUUUCUGCCCGAACCGGGAUGCUUGUUUGGAUUUCGAGGAAGAUGGUGUGUUCUUGUCGUUGAUCAAACGAAAGGAGGUAAUUCAACUCAACUCGAAGUACCUGAUCAAGAUCGCUGAGGUUCGCGGAAUAUUCGGCGACAAUAGUGGUAAUGAAGCGCGGACCAACGUCAAAAUUACCAAACGAGCGGAGAAAAAAUCCGAAGAACAGGAAGCAAUUGAAAUGGGAAAUCGUAAGCGGCGACUGAAACGCCGCGGAAGCAACAUGGACUCUCUGAUCAGUCGCUUGAACACUCCGACUCAGGCUUCACUGAAGCGAAGUCACCACCAUCGGAUGUCUUCUGUGGAGCACAAAUUUAUGUUCUUCGACCCGUAUCAGGAAUGGUGCCCGAAGUUCGCCGGCGUCCGAAGUGAGUACAACCUUUCCGUGCUUAGUGAUGAUAAGUUGUCGCUGCACUCGGUGGAUGAGAUACCACGUGCUCGUAUUUGGUGGCGCGAAACGAUCGCGUAUGUGCGGAAUAAGAUUCGGAGGAAAAAGCAGUGCGAAGAGGAAGAUUUACCAGCGUUGGCACUUAAAAGACAGUUUGGAACGGGAAAGCUUGGGGAAGGAGAUUUUUCCAAGAGAUUCCGUAGCAGCUACUGUAACCGUGUGCCUUAUCCGUUGCCCGUACGCAUCUUAGAAUUCAGACAGUAUAACUCGGAAAACAGCCUGCUUUAUCGGGCCGAUAAAGAUGUCAAAGCAGUGAUCAAGGCAGUCCGACUAAGUCGACAAAACGCCAUUGCCAGCGACUACGGACGACGGAUUCGCGUACGAACCUCGCAGUCUUGCUGAAAAAGUUAAGCCAAGGCAGCGUGCAGGUUUUAUUGCUAGAAUUUCAGAGUAACCCACCAGAUGCUAUCAUUAUUGUAGACAAUCAAGUUUUUUUUUGCUAUUGUCGUGUUCAUACAACAUUCUGAAUAUAGAACAAAAAGAAAUCCAAUGUGACCAUAUAGCGGAAACGGUAACGCGUGGUUAUUCAGAGUGAGCACAGAGAACAGACAUCCAAGCCUAUAGAAAAUUUUCUCGAAUGCUGUGUACGGUUUCAACUUUUUUAGCGUUGACAACACUAGCGUCACCUAUGCGGCAAAUUGCCGGCUGUUCGGGCUCUAAAGAAGUUGAUCAUCAAUAUUAAUUUAUAUUCCCGAUCAGCCUAGAUAGCCGUGUAGUGGCGGUAGCAGUUCCCUCAACUGGCUAAGAAUAUCACUACGGAUUGCCUAAUCCGGUGGUAAAAGUCCACCAAACAAGCGACCCCUAAUUCAUGGUGUUAAGCGUACCGUGCCAAGGAAUGAAUGUUUAGGGGGGUCUAAUAAAAACUUAACCGUGAACGGAGCCUGUGGAGUACCAGGGCACCCUCCACAGUAUGUUGCCCUUACUGUGUUAAACGGAGCAAUGACGCAGUGGACCUUAUUUGUCUCCGGGAUAAUCGGCCACUUUUCUUACGUCUCAAUUCCGAGGCUUAAUAAAAGUGGGUAAAUGAAUUUUACCCAGGAAUUAAGUUCGUACAAGUAAACCUUCAUCACGCAAAGCACCUCUGCUGUGUUGAGUCGAAGGUUUAAAAAAGAAGGACUGGAAGUGGCGCUUAUUCAAGAGCCAUGGUCCAAUAAACGAAAGAUUCUUGGAGUUCUGACACAAAAUAGUAAACUAUUUUAUGAUGAGCAACAAGAUUCGCCCAGAACCGCUGUCUUAGUACGCAAAACGUUAAAAUGCUAUCCUAUUACAGAGUUUAUCAGAAAGGACAUUGUUGCGGUCAUGGUAGAGGUACCAACCACUAGGGGUAAAACUGAGAUCGCUGUGGCUUCAGCUUACUUUCCUGGUGAUGUUCCUGAGGUACCUCCUCCUGAGAUCGCAUCAUUUGUUCAAUUCU